AUGGGCCUCUUCUCCACCAUCGCCAGCCUCUUCCGCCGCGAUCAGCAGCCCUUCGUGCCCGUACAAGGUUCCACCACGUACGCGCCUGCAGGCUGGCUCUCAACGCGGCAAUUCAAGCAGAUCAUCCGGCAACAUGGCCGUAGUCUCCCCGCCGACGUCUUCUUCGCCCUACGCCCCUUCGCAGUCGCGAAGAGCGUUUUUCUGGACAUCUUGUACCGGUACCAGUGCCCGAGCGUACGGCAGAUGGUGAUCAACGUUGAUGGAGCUCGGGGAUACAACCACGCGUUUCAUAUCGAGCGCCAGGACCUCAUCCGCCUCCAACGCACCCUGCCCGCGCUGGAGCGCUUCGUCGUCUACGUCUACGCCAAGGGGGCGCUUGUGCGGCUGGUUGAGUGCGACAUUGACCAGGCUGGCCGCUGGAGCGUCGAGAUCUCUGUUCCUGCCGCGCCGCCGCUCGCGCUGGGGGGGCAGUUGCCAGUUACUAGACACGACGCUGCAGAUUGGCUGCUCGUUCGCGGCGAUCUGCCGUUUUGA